ACAUUCUUCUGGCCCAAGAAACCAAAAUAAAACCAAGAAGACGCAAGCUUGAUAGCUGACAAAAUGGGAAAGAACAGACUGAAGAAAGGAGAAGAACCACCACGGCAAAACCCUAAUAUUGCUGAAGCUACUGGGAUUCGAAUAUCUCAAAUACUCCAGGACUUUCGUGUCGCCAAAGAUGAUGGUAAAGCUUCAUCAAAUAUACCAAUUUUGUUCCUGUUUUUCUUUCGCUGUCUAUUGCCCAGUUUAGAAUUUGUUUAUAAUGUCUCAUAUCGAGAUAUUAUCAUGUGAUGAAAGUUCCUGAAUAAAGAUUGGAGGCUCCUGUUUGCUUCUCGUGAAUAUGUGAACUGUUAGUAAAUGAUUUUUUUUUUUUCUUUUGAAUGUUUGUCGAGUUUGGCAUGGACUGUCAUUUUGUUCGGGUUUUUUGGUGAAGUUGUUAUUGAACUUUUUUAGAUUUAUUUAUAAUUUUUUGGAUGCAUUUUAUACGUUUCAAGCCAGUUUGUCGAAUCAUGAACGCCCUGUCGUGCUGCUCGAGCAUGAGGUUUGCAGGAAAUUGGGUAUGAUAUCCAAAAGUUCUGGGUAAGUGCUGAUUACAUUAUUUCAAGUUUGCCAAAGCUAUCAUGUAACUAUAGGAAGUGGGAAUUUGCAUACCUUUUACUAUUUAUUUAAGUUUGGUUAUUUGUUUUACAUUUUAUAGCUUAUUGGCCUGAACUUUAUGUAGACAUGGGAAACAGCAACGUGUUUCUGUUUACAAGGCUUAAAAAAACGCGGAGAAAGGGAAGGAGUAAGAAGAGUCUAAAGUUGUUUUGCAAGAUUUAUUUACGCGACCUACCCGAUGAGGGAGAGUCUGUAGAGAAUUUAGUUGCAAAACAUGGUGAGAAGAAUGUUAAUAAAAAACAAGGAAAAAGAGAUGAUAUUUUCUGCAAGCCUUCGAUGAACAAAGAAGAAUUUGCAGAGAUGGUGGAAUCACUUGCUGCUAUGGUAGAGAAGGAUGCAAACUUGAGACAGGUAACUGAACAGAGGUCAAAUCUUCCAAUUGUCUUCUUCAAGGAUGUCAUCACUUCCAAAAUAGAAUCUAACCAGGUCCCACAAUAGCUGUUAGACCAUACAUGGGGAAAGAGUGAUGCAUGUAAAAUACUGUGCUCAACCUCGACGUAUCUUGGCAACACCAGGUAACGCAUCCUCGAGAAGCACUUCCUGCAGUUCUUGAGGCAUCUAUGCGUGCAAUAGUCUGCAUUCUGUCUUAUGAUGGACUCUCAGGAAUCUGAUUUCCGUCAGAACCUGUGGACUCGGUAACAAGGAUGAUACAAGCCAAUGCCAGAGAGAAGCAGAGAUACAGGUCAUAGUCCAAAUAACUUCCUUAGGUCACUUUUGAACCACGACACCGACCAGAAGGGUACGUUUCAAAGGAACAAGAAAAGGAAAUAAAUCAUCAAGCAGCUAUGAUGGUAGGCCACCAUUACAAGGCCGGUCGAUGGUAGGGGUCCGAGGAGAGAUUCUUUCAAGAGGCAACGUGGGAGCGGGUCUAAACUGCAUUCGUAAUUGAAUCUCAUCUGACUGUAAUGUUGUAGAUCAUCAGAAUUACACCCCAUGAUGUGUUGCUUCUGUGAAUAUUAUAUGGUCUCGAAAGAAACAAGGUUUUUUUCUGUUUUUAUUUUAAUACCAAAUAUAUUUCAACCA